GUCCUCCCAAAGGGCAGGGCCUGCAGAUUCUGGGAUGGAGAUCUAAGGGAGAGACAGCUUCCCUCCAUGGAGACCUCUGAGUAACAAGGUGCUACCUGUUAGGGAAGACAGUGGGGACUGGGGAUGUGAGACCUAAUUUAGCACCUCUGCAGGAUUCGGUAGGGAGGGUGCAUGUCUGUCCUUUCCUAUACUUAAUAGAAAAGACAGAGAAGUAAAGAUUUCAAUUUUUUAAUAAAUUAAAAAUAACUUUUUGCAUAAUGUUACAUAACACACAGAGGGAGAGAAAGGGUAUGAAGCUGAAGGUUUGUACGGAACCAGGAUUCCACGGAGGAUGCUGGUUCUCUGGCUGAGGAGGUGGGUGAAGACUCCGCCACCCAGUGUGGUACCUGGCAGUUUCAGAUGGGGUCUGAGAUAUGCCCUUCCUCAGGCUGUGUCAGCUGUCUUCAGUCUCCAGAACAGAGAAGGUCUCACCCAGAGGCCUUUUGGUGGCCACCAGAACCAGGUUUCUCGGAGAGAGUUCGGGGCUGAAGAUGGGCAGGAGCUCAGCAUGGAAGCCUAUGAGAAAGGCAGGGCUACUCAGAAGGGGAGAAAUGGAACAGACUCUUAGCCACUUCCUGCUUAGCCUGUAGGCAUAGCCCCUUUUCCCCAUGGGGGAGGCUCCAGGGGGUCUAAGGAGACCCAGCUCUCCAGGAACAUGAGUGCCCGAGACACUGACUCGGGAGGAGGCAGUCUGCAGCACAUCGUAGGUUCUCAGUGCCUGGGAUGCUGGCUUAAAAUGCACCUCAGGGAGGUACCACCACAGGCAGAUUCAGUAGGAAUUUGCAUUAACAAGUUCCCCUUCCCCCAUCUGACUCUGAAGCAGCUGGUCUGAGAAUCACCACAGCAAGGAACCUAGUCCUGGCAGGUGCAGGGGCCAGGACCUGAAGGAGAGCCCUAGAACUCCAGCCCCUCUGGCCCUGGGUCCCUGCUUUGGCCACCCUCACCCUGCUCCUGAAGGUAGAGCAGCCGGUCCAGUAGAAUCAGUGUCUCCACCAGCGGGGCCAGCAGCAGGGCCAGGCUGAAGAAGGCCACCACACGGUUCUCCUGGGACUGGUGGGCCCGAAGGGCAGCCAGAUUCAGCGGCAGGUGGGGGUCAAGCCCCACCCGCUGGAGCCCCCGCUGCACGUAUCUGUGGGGUCAGCCACAGACAGCACUCAGUUUGGUUUUAGAACCCUCCUCCCCCAUUCAAACUGUCCAUUCCUAAUUCAAUUCCAGCUGUAAUAGAUUUGCCACCCUAAGGCAUUUUUAAAUGUUUUUCUGGCUGUGAGCUGUCUGUCCAAUAGCAAAUCAAUCCAAAAAUUUAUUUUCAUCCUAAUCUGUCCAAUUAUUUAGCCAUAUUUUUAGUAUUUCAAAAACUUGAUAAAAGAGUGACAACUGCCUUUUAAAGAAAGUUUGAAGCUGCUUCAGAACUCAAAAUCACUCCCCUCCUCCCAGCACGUUUAGAUUUUCUUCAGGACAUGCUAAACAGUUGAGGGUGGGAGGGGAGUCAUACCUCCAGUAGGUGAUACCCCCCUCCUCACGCCCCCCCCCAACUCCCCAGCCUCACUCUUCAAUCUUGAGCUCGUGGACCCUGGGGAUCCCCUGCACGCCUGGCCGACGGAGCUCGGGCCGGGCACGCCGGAUGACUGUCUCCAGUGCUGCCCGGUAGCAGUGGGUUCGGAGGCCAGGGCCUGCUUUCUGCAGCCGCUCAGCGUAUUCCUCCAGGGCGUGGCAGGCCCCCUCCCGUAGCCUGUAGGGCAGUUCACGGCCGGGCAGCCCAGCCACCCACUGACUCAGUGGGUAGCCACCGGGGUCACUCAGCUUCAUGUAACAGCAGCCCACUGAGGCCAGGGCCGCCACCUCAGGGCGGCAGAAGUGCCUCAGCAAGGCAACACUCAGAUCCCCACAGGCGUGGAGGCCUGUCAGCAGCAAGCGGGCCUCACUCUGAGGUGAGUUCUCCAGUGGAAGCAGGAGCUCCUCACACAGGGCCGUGGGGUCUACCCACCUAACCACAUGGUGGGGGCGGUGGCGAGGGCCAGUGUGGACCACCUGUGGAGGCAGGACAGAACAGAGGCAGAUGGGAAGCCGGCUUCCCGUCCCCGUGCCACCUCAAGCCACGGGAAUGGAUCUGUCCUCCGAGUUCCUUCCCAAGGAGGAAGGUGGGGGAGAAACUGGGGCAGAGGAGAAAGUGGAACUUUAAAUCAGGAGAUGGGAUAGAUUCUGGGUCUGUUAUUAGUAACUGCAGGUCUUUUCGUCUGAGCUUCCUCAUUUGAUUGGCCACUUUUUACAGGUGGCUGUGAGAAGGACAUAUCGGUGUGGAAAGCACUUUUUAACUAGAAGGUGCCUUUAAGAUAUGAGGAGGCUUUGGGAAAGGGGUAGCAGAAAUAGAGACACGCCAUGUCAAGCUGAGAAACUUAAAAGAGGGAAUUAGCCUUGGUGCCCAAUUCCAGCCAAGCAGACCCUGCUCUCACGGUCCUGGCUGCAGGAAGGGCUGGUCUACCUGUGGGUUCCUCUUCUCCUCUUUCUGCAGAGCCUGCAGGAGCUCCUGGUCUAGGCGCUGGGCUCUCUCCACCAGUCUCUGAUCCCCUUCAAUGCUCUUCACCAUCAGCCCCAGCCCCAGGGACAUGAAGCGGGAGAGAUGGCCCUGGAGUCCCGAGAGGGAGGGUGGAGACAGCCCCGUUCAGUGUCCUCUCCACUGUCCCCCUCCCUAUCUGUGGUUUGGACGCCUGGGUCCUAGGCCCCCAGAAGGCUUAAAUUCUGCCCAGCUUGCUUCUACCACUCCUUAGCACCUGCCUCCCUGGGCCUGUGGCCCGAUAACCUGUCUUCCAGCUGUUCUAUCCCCACAACAAAAAACCAGAACAUUAGGGGUCUGGCUCACCUGGCCUGAGCCUACAUCCACAACUUGGGUGCAGCCUGUGAGGUCACUCAGCUUCUUCACCAACUGAAAGAGGAGGGAACAAAGGUCUCCUGCCAUUGGUGUUGGCUCCCAGGGCAAACACCCAUAAUGAGGGUGGAGGAGCUGAAGAUGGCAGAGGAAGAUGGGUAGAGGGAAGAGACAAGAGACAUGGAAACCAAAAUGGGGGGUGCUGACCCCAGGCUCAGGCUACUGUCUUUGCUCCUCUCAGGCUAGUGAUUCAGUCUCCUCCACAGAACAAGAGCCCUGCUGUGAAGCCGUGAGCAGAUUGUGAAGGUUAUCAGAACAAGAUUAAGCCAGUGAUUCAAAUACAGCCACCAAACAACCCAGCAAAAGGAUGAAGAUAUGAUUAUAGUGUAUCUGACAAGGAAGGGACCUUCUGGGGCCUCUGGUCCUGCAGGGUAUACUACAAACCUCCAGAUGUUGGCCUAUGGGAUUCAGCAGAGGAUGAGUUGUCCAUCCUCUCAUUGGUAAGCUGUUUUUCCCAACUGUUCUCCCACCAUCCACCGUCAUCAUGUCUACCUUACUCCUCAAUCUGGAUUUUGGCGAACCUCCCCCCAGAAGGGCAUUAGAAGGCAAUGCCAAGCACCAAAAAUUUGUCAAGAAGCGGCGGCUCUUGGAAAGGAAAGGCUUUCUGAAUAAGAAGCAGCAGCCCCCUAGCAAGGUCCCUAAGUUGCGCUCAGAACCUUCAAAGAAAGGGGACACUCCCAAGGUGGAUGGCACUUGGAAGGCCCCUCCCCUUCCAAAAAAGAAGACUGCUGCUUCCAGCAGUGGGUCAGAGCAGUCCCUGGACAAGAAAGCUGCAGUGCCUUGGCUGACCCCUGCUCCUUCACAGAAAGCUAGUUCUGUUGUGGCUAAAGUAGAUUUGCUGGGGGAGUUCCAGAGUGCCCUACCAAAGAUCAAGAGCCUCCCAAUUCGCCCCCAGAAGAAGGGCUCCCAGAAGAACCCUCCUCAGAAGACUGCCCCACAGAUCUCCACCCAAGCUCACUCAGAGAAUAAAUACCCUGGAGCAUCCCAGAAGAUGCCAACGAAGAUGGUGGCAAUUGACUGUGAGAUGGUGGGCACAGGACCCAAGGGGCAUGUCAGUUCCUUGGCUCGAUGUAGCAUUGUCAGCUACAGCGGAGAUGUGCUUUAUGAUGAGUACAUCCUUCCCCCCUGCCACAUUGUGGACUACCGGACCAGAUGGAGCGGUAUCCGGAAGCAGCACAUGGUGAAUGCUACACCCUUCAAGAUUGCUCGGAGCCAGAUCUUGAAGAUUCUCACAGGGAAGAUAGUGGUGGGGCAUGCCAUCCACAAUGACUUCAAAGCCCUUCAGUAUUUUCACCCUAAGUCCCUCACCCGAGACACCUCCCAUAUCCCCCUCCUCAACCGUAAGGCCGACUGCCCAGAGAAUGCAACCGUGUCUCUGAAGCAUCUCACCAAGAAGCUGCUGAGCCGGGACAUCCAGGUUGGGAAAAGCGGACAUUCCUCUGUGGAAGAUGCUCAGGCCACCAUGGAGCUGUACAAGUUGGUCGAAGUUGAGUGGGAACAGCACCUGGCCCAGAAUCCCCCAAAAGACUAGUGCCAGUGGGGACACUGGUGGUGUGGGGAGGCAGAGGCAGCACCACACCCAGGAGAACAGGGCAGUGGACCAGUGGACAGCUCUACCAGCUCUACACCUUUGGAAACUAGAGUUGUUGGGGAGAGUGAGGCUCCACCCCAGACUUAAAAUCCAUUAAAAUUUCACCUCAGGUGUUGUUAAGUGUUCCAUGGAAGGAGGAAGGCUCCAUGUCAGAACCCAGCCCUGAAGGCUGUUUACCUCUUAAAUGGUGCUAACCAUGGGUCCCAGGGUGCUUUGCUCCUGGGAAAGCCUUUUGACUUUCAAGGGGCAGGGCAUACUGGGAAGUGUAGUUUCCCAAACUGCCUUAUCACUAGGGUGACCAUAUGUCUCAUUUUAUGCCUUUUGUUCUCAAGUAAUUAGCAGCACCGUGUUGAACUUUCCCAAAGUAUCCUGCUGGAUGAUAACUUGUAUGAUCACAGUUUCUCUCAGACUUUUUUUGGCUCAGAGUCUACAUCCAGUCUGUGUUGGGAUAUCACCUGUUGUUUCCACCUUGACUUCCAGAGGAGCCAUCCCUGGUGAGGUUUAGUUCUUAGGGUUACAAGGCAGUAGAGGUAAGAGAGUGUGACUUGGAAAUCAAUUUUUCGGAUUUAGGAAAGCAGCCUCUUUCCUAAAGUGAUAGAGGAUUUAUUUAAUUUAGACCCCACUUGGAAGGUUAAAGAAGAAUUCAAAGUGUUUUAAUGGUUUUUAGUCUUUUACUUUGCUAAACCAAGCCUUUUAAAACUCAAAUUAUUCCCUUGAUAAAUUUUUAUAAAGGAAAAACAAUUGUGUGAUGUUUUCUUUAUAACUUCACAUUAAAUAGCUUUGUCACAGGAUCCUGUAGAGCUGUAAUUCUGAUAGGGGGUCCAGGGUCUGUGUGAAUGACACUAACUGGGCCCUGGUUUGCUGGAAGUCAUCAAGAAGCGCUGACCAAGCCUUUGUGUGUAGCCCAUGUGCUCUGCUGCCUUGUCCUCGUCCCUACCACAUGUCAACGAGCACACCUAAAGUGACACCCCAAGCCAUGCGAACACCCUCACACAGAGGGUAUGUGACCAAGAGAGUGACUCAGAGAGUGGGCGUGCGGGAGGGAUGGAGCCGGGGAAGAAGGGUGCUUCAUGACGCCAGCCUGGUCGCUCCUGCCAGCUCUUCCUCGGUGGUAUACACCCUCAUGUUGGGAAGGUGAAUCACAGGUCUGACUUUGUGUCUGGGAUCGCUGCACUCUGUCUUGAGAGAACGCAGACUCCAUGUAUACACCAAGGCUUGUGCCCUCUUGAGUGGCUAGUUUGGCUCCAGGGGCCAGAGUCACAGUCAUGGCUGCCCAUAGAAGGGAAUUUCCUGCAGCCAAACCGGACCCCACAUGUGGUCUUGCUGUUGUGUCCUGCGCUACAGGAUCUGCUUGCACAGGCAGCUGUUGAGCUCUGAGCAAGUUGGUUCCUGUUGAACCCAAAAUAUGUAGUGUCCAUGACACUUCACAAAGAGGUGCUAGGCGUCCUUACACACCUCUAAGUGGGAUUAAUCAAGGAAGGCUACACCAAAAAGCAGGGAUAGAAGUCUUAUUUGAAAUGAAGGCGAGUCUUACUUACAUUGUGAUCAGUAAACUAGAAUAUAUGUGGAAAAUUCUCAUUUGAGUUCAAGUUUUAGGGUACCUGGCUUUGUAAUUUAUUCCACUGAAGUAUAGUUGAUUUACAAUGUUGUGUUAAUUUCUGAUGUACAGCAAAGUGAUUCAGUUAUACAUGUAUAUAUACAUUCUUUUUCAUAUUCUUUUCCAAUGUAAUUUAUCGCAGGAUAUUGAAUAUAGUUCCCUGUGCUAUACAGUAGGACCUUGUUGUUUAUCCAUACUAUAUAUAACAGUUUGCAUUUGCUAAUCCAAACUCCCAAUCCAUCCCUUCCCCACCCCACUUCCCCUUGGCAACCACAAGUCUGUUCUCUAUUCUGAGUCUGUUUCUUUUUCAUAGAUAAGUUCAUUUGUGUCAUAGUUUAGAUUCCACAUGUAAGUGAUAGCAUAUGGUAUUCGUCUUUCUCUUUCUGGCUUACUUCACUUAGUGUGAUAAUCUCUAGGUCCAUCCAUGUGAGUAGCAACUGGCUUUUAUGCUCCACUUCACCCCCCACUCAGGUGCCCUCAGUCCAGCAUUGGGAACAGCUCAGUCUCACUUUAGCUCACCAGGAAGAACCUGGAGACCAGAGGACCUUGCAGACAUUUUCUUACUCUUCUCUUAUCACACUUCCUGGUCAGAGCCCAGCUCACCCUGCAAGGUGCCUGGGGAUCCCUGUACUUUAUUAUUAUAUUUUUAAUAAAUUUAUUUAUUUAUU